AUGGCGCUCUUCUCCAUAGGCAUGGACUUUGGCCGGCCUCUGCGGUUCGUCGUUCUCGUCGGUGCCUUUGUCUUUGCUCUCUUCUUUCUCCAGCCUGUGAUCGAGGAGCGCUACUCCUGGUCUUGGCCUGUCGAAUGGGCUACCGGAGAUGGCUAUCGGCCUGAUAUCCUGCAGUAUAUCAACCCGCUCAUUGGGACGGUGAAUGGAGGCCAUGUCUUUCCCGGCCCAACCUAUCCAUACGGUAUGGCGAAACCAUGCCCGGAUUCCAUGAUCCGUGGCGAGAACGCCGCCGGCUUCGUCUCCGACGCCUCGCCCAUUGGCGGCUUCUCCCAUAUGCACGAUUCCGGAACCGGUGGCCCCCUCCAUGGGCAACUUCCCCUCUUCCCCCAUCCAGGCUGCCCCGACGACGACUUCCAAAAAUGCAACUUCACCCUCGGAAACCGCAUGCUGCCCCGCGUCCCCGGCACCGCCGAGGCCCGCGUCGGCUACUUUGCCCUCAACCUCACCAACAACGUGCGCGCCGAAAUCACCGCCUCCAAGCGCGCCUCCCUCUACCGCUUCACCUUCCCUACCGACCAAGACGACACCUCCGUGUCCCGCGGCGCCCGCGCGAACCCCCUCGGCCCCUCCUCCUCGUCGACCUCCAGGACCUCGGCCAGACCGCGCUCUCCUCCUCGGCGCUUUUCUCCCUCUUUUGGCCGGGGCACCUACCACUCCUACUUCUGCGCCGACUUCCGGGGCGCCGCCGUCCGCCGCGCGGGCACUUUUAUGGGCGAAGAAGCCCGCACCGACGUGACCCACCUCAACGCCGUGGAGCGCGGCUUUGCGAACCCUAGCGGCUCCGGCGGCGCGUGGGUUCAGUUCGACCCGCUUGCCGCCGGCGGCAACGGGCAGAUCCUCGCCCGCGUUGGUCUGAGCUUCAUCUCGGUCGACCAGGCCGAGAAGCUGGGCGUCAUCGAGCUCGAGACAAAGGGCGUGCACCCGGACAUGCAGACCAUCUUCUGGUCCGGCCUGUACAGGUCCAUGCUAUCGCCCCAAAACUACACGGGCGAGAACCAGCUGUGGGAAUCGACCGAGCCCUACUUUGACUCCUUUUACUGCAUUUGGGACUCGUUCCGGGCGCAGCACCCUUUACUCACCAUCAUGGACCCGGCUGCCCAGACCGAGAUGGGUUUCACGCAGGGCGGCUCCAACGCCGACGUUGUCAUUACCGACGCCUAUAUCAAGGGCAUCACGGACGGGAUCGAUUGGAAGACGGCGUACGAGGCGGUCAUCUCCGACGCCGAGGACACACCGAAAGACUGGAGUCUCGAAGGCCGAGGCAACAUUGAAAGCUGGGAGCAGUACGGCUACAUCGCCGCCGACCACCGCGACAAGCGAGGCCACGGCCCGCACAGCCGAACCGUCUCGCGCACGGUCGAGUACGCGUACGACGACUUCGCCAUCGCCACGCUCGCCAAGGCCCUGGGCCACGAAGACGAUUUCGCCAAGUACAUGAACCGGAGCGGCUUCUGGCGCAACGUGUGGAACCCGGAGCAGGAGGACCUCUUCCAUGACGAGCAAGGCGACGUGCACCGCACCAGCUUCAAGGGGUUCCCGCAGCCGCGCAACAUGGACGGCACGUUCAAGUACCAGACCACGCGCAUGUGCAGCCCCAUCUUCGAGCCGCACAAGUGCUACUUUGACACGGCGCAGUCGACCUACGAGGGCUCCCCCUGGCUGUACAGCUUCUACGCUCCGCAGGACAUGAGGGGCCUGAUUGACGUGUUUGGCGGCCAGCGCACCUUUUUCGACCGGCUCGACUACUACCACAGCUCCGGCAUCGCCGACAUGGGCAACGAGCAGUCGUACCUGACCGUGUUCCAGUUCCAUUACGCCGGGCGGCCCGGCCGCAGCUCCUACUGGGUCAACGAGUACAUCCCCUCGCAGUUCAACGCCUCGGUCAACGGCAUCCCUGGCAACGACGACUGCGCCAUGGGCGCCUUCGCGGCCAUGGCCAUGAUGGGCUUCUUCCCCGUGGCCGGCCAGUCCGUGUACCUGCUCACCGCGCCCUUCUUUCCCGAGAUUCGCAUCCGCUCCGGGGACCCGAAGCGCCCGGCCGUCAUCCGCCGGACCAUCGAGCCCGGGUCCGGCAGGCAGGGUCGCGCCAUUUACGUGCGCCGGGCGACGCUCGACGGGGAGGCGUACACGAAGAAUUGGAUCUCGCACGACUUUUUGCAAAGGGCGGGGAGCUCGUCCUCGAGCUGGGGGACGAGGAGGGCGAUUGGGGUACGAGAAACGAGGACUUGCCUCCUAGCUAUCCGGCGGCGCAGAGCUGGAUGGCGGGUAUGGGAACGUGAGGAGGGCUUCGGCUAG